UGGAGUCAAAUGUCAAAACAGAGGACCUGGAUCGGAGGCUGACGGAGCUGCUGAAGCGGGCAACCUCGUGCUUUUAUUCACAAUAACCGUUUCCGGUCCAAAGGUUCCUGACGUCAGCGUCAGCGCAGUGAUUUAUGACGCUGGUGCCUGGGAGGAAAGUAACGAGGUACUUUUACUCAGGGACAGAUUGCAGGUCCAGCUUCAGACCCAACAGUAAACGAGGAACAUCUCACAGGUUCUUCCAACCUGGACCACAGGAGAGCAGGCCCAGGUCAGAGACACCACACUGAGCCCACAGCUGAGACCCCAGACAUGGAAAUGACGGCUGAGAAGCAGCAGCUGGUGAAUGAAGAGGUGGAGAGGCUGCUGAGUGGCCAGGGGUCAGAGGUCGCUGGGUGUGAUGUGGGCCUGGAGCAGAGCAAACCUGCGACUCUGAGGAAGAACGUCACAUACAUAGUCUGCGCUGUCAUCUUCAACGAAAAGAAAGAGGUACUGAUGGUGCAGGAGGCCAAACCGGACUGUUACAAACAGUGGUACCUUCCUGCAGGGAGGGUGGAGGUGGGGGAGAGCUUGGAGGAGGCGAUGAAGAGGGAGGUGAAGGAGGAGGCGGGAUUUGAAAGUGAGCCAAUCACCUUGCUGCUAGUCCAGGAGCAGGGACCUCAGUGGAUCCGCUUCAUCUUCCUGGCCAAGGUCACAGGAGGGAUUUUAAAGAGUCUGUCAGCAGCAGAUCAGGAGUCUCUUCAGGCCUCUUGGUGGGACAGACAGUCAGCGCUCCAACUGAGAGGGCGAGACAUCCUCCGCCUUAUCGACUCUGGACUCAAGUACUUUCAGAGUCCCUGCCAUCCCAUCACACUGCCCUUAGACCUGAGCUGCCGUCACGUGGUGCAGAGACUCGUACUGGUCUUCAUCGGCGCUGAGGAGCACAUCUGGAUUCUGCUCAUCAGAGCCCCAGUGCCACACCUCCCCACGGCGGCAGCGGUAAAGACCCAUGCAGUGACCUGGGGGGCCAACAUGGUGGUGCAAGAAGCCAUGCCGUCGUCGUACUACGACCAUGAUGUUAACACCCUGGGCGUGUUUAGCCUUCAGCACAACGGCCAGCAGCACGGCAAGACUGAUGGUGUGUGCUUCAAUACGCUGGUGGCGCUGACGCCCGACCAUGUCCAACACGACGAGGACGGAAACAAGGUGGAGUGGACGCCAACAGGGCAGCCUCCGCGCAUAGAAAACCCUCGCUACGUAUGGUACGAAGUCCAGAAACAAAGUCUGAGAGAGAAACUGCUGGAGAAAACCAAAAACUCAUCCCUGGUACCAAUCGACAGCCUGUACUGACCGUAGGAUGCCCGACACCAUGGGGACGGCACCUCUGGGCCUUAACUGGACUCUUAUUGUGAAAUGAACAAGAACUUUUAGGUUUUCUUUUGAAAUAACAAUCUAUACGAGUAAAUGGAGCAAUAAAACAAAAACUACUGUCAGGGAAUCACUCGCUGGGAGGGGGACCUCAGAGCCAUACUGUUCAGGGAAAUUACUGAAAAGAGGGGUUUUGUAUGGAGGACCUCCACCCUGAAGCUUCUGAGUUAUUUUCUCUUACUUUGAGUCAUUUGUUGUGAAGUUCUGUCUUCAGCUGAUCAAGGAAGCGUCCGCCCUAUGAAGCUUAUUUUCACUGUAGAGCUGGAUAGCUUCUUCUAUAAUAAUAUAUCAUAGCUUAUGAGUAUAUUUAUAUUAUUAAUCUAAAUAUGCAGAAUAUUUAGUAACCAAAACUGUGUCAUUCAGGUUCCUGAGUAAAUACUGUGCCUGCCCUCAGAGCCCCCCCCUGCAUGCUGCCCUGCUACAGAGAGAAAUAUAGAAAUUUAAAGGUAAUUAUUGUAAAUUCACAUGUUUAAAGAAAUAUUUAAAGAAAGAUUCAAAGCUUCCAAAAUGAACAGAAAGUGUAUAAAAGAAUGAAGGGGAACAGUCACUAAAACUUUAUGUCCUGAAUGUGUGUUGAACAAAAAUUGUGCCCCUUAUUGGUGAAAAUUUGUUAAAUUCUGCAGAGGGUAAUUACUAAAAUGACCUUUAAGGCUUUAUUACACCACUGUAGAAAAACUGGAGGGAUGCAAUCAAAGUUUAAUUUAUUGUCAGUACAGUAAAAAAAAAAAAAAAAAAAAAAAA